AAUAACUUCUGUUCCCUUCGUUUUCCCCAGUCGCCGAACGCGGUGGUGAGAGAGAGCGGGAGGGGGAGAGAGAGAAGCAAUGGCGAUGAGCCUUACAAAAGCAGCUUCUAAACUCGAAACGCUAGGUGUCUUCAGAGUCUCCUUCAAUCUACUGAGGAACUUCUCUGCUUCGGCUUCUCCGUCGAGCCAAAACCCUAGUUCCGCAUCGAGUAAACCCAAACGGAGAAAGAAGAAGAACCUGUUCGAAGUGGCUCAGUUCUUACCCAACUGGGGAAUCGGUUAUCAUAUGGCUAAGACUCACUGGACCGGCGUCUCAUAUGAGAUCACUAAGAUCAAUCUCUACAAGGAUGGAAGACAUGGCAAGGCUUGGGGGAUCGUUCACAAGGACGGAUCGCCCCCUGCAGAAGCUCCCAAGAAGAUAAGCGGGGUUCACAAGCGCUGUUGGAAGUAUAUCCCAAAUCUGUCAAAGCCUGCAAACACAAUGAACUCCAUUAAACCCUCGGAAAGUUCCUCAGCCCCUGAUAUUAUCCAGGCUGCUUGAUCCACCAAAUCUUCAGUCAUGGGUACCGAUUGUUGUCAUGUUUUAGUUCUUUUCUUUCCAAGAUACAGUCUCUGAAACCCCCAUAGUGCGGUAGUGAAAGAUGAUUUGAUUUUGCCAUUUUUCGCAAUGUAUCUUGGUGAGAUCAUUCAUCCAUAAACUUUAAAAUCACCAGUGGUUAUGUUAAUCAUUUGAACUUUCUCUUAAACUGGAAUCGCAAAGUUUCUACAUCAAUCUUGGCUUCUUG